AUGACAUCACACGGAGGUUCCAGAUUAACUGGUUUGAAUGGAAAUGACAAGAAGCCAAGACAAGAAAGAGGAAUCCCUCAUUUUCAUAUGAGUGCUUCCCUGAAAUCUGAGGUCCGGAAAUUGAAUUUUGUUCAUUUUCUAAUCUGGCUCCUUGUGGCUGCACAGAUGAUUGUUAGCCACUUCAAUCUAGUAUCACAUGAUAUCAUAUCAAAGCCAUAUCAAUGGGAGUAUCCAUACCUACUCAGUCUUAUUCCUUUGUUCUGUAGCAGCUUGUCUCUUCCAAAGAAUAACAUUAGUUACCUUGUCUUAUCCCUAAUCAGUGGAGGACUAUUUUCUGUAGCACCCCUAAUUUAUGGCGGAAUGGAGAUGUUUCCUGUUGCAAAGCAGCUUUAUCGCCAUGGAAAGGCUUACCGCUUCAUUUUUGGUUUCUCUGCAGUGACUGUCAUGUACAUAAUCAUGGUGAUUGCUGUUCAAGUACAUGCAUGGCAGCUUUAUUACAUGAAAAAACUGUUGGACUCAUGGUUUAGUGCUACACAAGAGAAGAAGAAGAAAUAA